AUGAAUCCAUCUACGGCUCUCCCCAAGGCCGCGGCCGUCCCCGCGCGUCUGCUGCGAACGCAGAGGCAAUUUGCUUCCAACAAUGGCGUCGCUACAUCUAACCAAACCAGAGGCUAUCAUGUGAUCACCUCCCCUUCCCCGGCCAGACGUCUUCGCGAGGGCGCGUGCAAGCGGAAAGACUCGCUGGUGAUGUCGGCUAAGACCUUCCACACCACAUCUUCUCUUUCCGCGGUUGCGGAUCCCUAUAAGGUCCUUGGCGUGGACAAGAAGGCCUCCGCCGGCGAUAUCAAGAAGGCCUACUACGGUCUUGCAAAGAAAUACCACCCAGAUACCAACAAGGACGCCCAGGCAAAGGACAAGUUCGCCGAGGCUCAGACGGCAUAUGAAUUGUUGUCCGAUAAAACGAAGCGAGAGAAUUACGACAAGUACGGCUCGGCGGCCUUUGACCAAAAUGGCGGGUUUGACCCAAGCGCUGGCGGAAAUCCAUUCUCCGGCGCUGGAGGAUUCCACGGGUUCGGUGGCGGCGGCUUUGGCGGAGGCUUCUCGGGUGAUAUCAACUUUGAGGAUCUUUUCGGUGCGUUCACCGGAGGUGCGCGUCGCGGACCCCGGGGUCGGCGCAAUCCGUUCCAGGAACAGAUCUUGGUCGGUGAAGACAUUGAAGUCCAGACCAACAUCUCGUUCAUGGAAGCUGCCAAGGGCACAACCCAGGAAAUUGUCGUCACUCCGUUGACCAAGUGCGGCACCUGUAAAGGUGACGGUCUGAAGUCCGGCGCCAAGCGAUCCCAGUGUCGCCAGUGCAACGGUACCGGUACCCGCGUUCAUCUCAUGCAGGGUGGUUUCCAAGUUGCCGCCACUUGUGAGGCCUGUGGUGGUGCCGGUAUGUCCGUUCCGCGCGGAUCGGAGUGCAGCCCUUGCAACGGAAACGGUGUGACGAGGGAGCGGAAGACCAUCAAGGUUGACAUCCCCGGUGGUGUGGAGGAUGGCAUGCGACUGCGAGUGACCGGUGAGGGUGACAACCCUCCCACGGGGGCAGCUGUUCCUCCUGGUGCCCGCACUCAGCCCGGUGAUCUAUAUGUUUCAAUUCGAGUUGCGCCGGACCACCGCUUCAACCGCUCCGGUUCCGACAUUCUCUACACAUCCACGAUUCCUCUCACCACGGCCAUCCUUGGUGGCGAGGUGACCAUUCCAACCCUCGACGCUGAGGUCAAGGUUAAAGUGGCCACCGGUACUGGUACCGGUGACAGGAUCACCUUGUCUGGGAUGGGCAUGAAGAAGCUUGGUGGUCGCUCGCACGCUUUCGCCCCCAACGGUGAUCUCAAGGUCGAGUUCAAGGUUGCCAUGCCUAAGUAUCUUACUGGAAAUCAGCGCACUAUCUUGGAGGUUCUUGCGGACGAGAUGAAUGACAAAACUGCCAAGCGGACCAUGAACUUUGGCAAGGACAGCCCCUCGUCUGCCUCUGGAGGCGCCGAUCAGGCCAACACCAACGAAGGCUUCCUGAAGUCUCUCUGGCACCGACUUACCGAGAAGAACGGCGAGUCUUCCAAUGCCGGUCAAGACAAGGACACCCCCUCGAAGGACACCAAGGAUGCCGAAAGCGACUCCAGCAAGGACAGCUCGAAGAAGCCCUGA